AUGCCGGAUGCUUUGAGCCGAUUUCUUGAGAUCACAGACCAUGAGAUAGAACGAUAUGACGAGGAAGGAAAAAACAGUGAAGGGGCAAGAACAGAUCUACUGGCCCAAAUUAGAUCCAAGCAGCAAAUCAGCGAGAACAUCAACCACAAGGACCUAGUCAAUCACUUGUCUAAUAACAUUCUUGCAGGGAGCGACACUACAGCUAUAGCCCUGCGUUCGUGCUUCUACUACCUGAUCAAAACCCCAUCUGCGUACCACAAACUACAGACUGAGCUUGACCAGGCCAAUGCUCGCGGCGAAUUGUCGCGGUACAUAACGCACGAGGAAUCCAUGCGCCUGCCAUACCUCCAAGCAGUCAUCAAGGAGGCACUGCGUAUUCAUCCAGGUAUCGGCUUUCCUCUGGAGAGAUACGUCCCUGAGGGAGGAGUGACAGUUUGUGGCAUUCACUUGCCCGCCGGUACCAACAUCAGCAUGAGCGCCCCAACCGUCCACUACAACCCAGCGAUCUACGGGCCUGAUGUUGACAGUUUCCGGCCGGAGCGAUGGUUAGAGUCCCCGCUUGAGCAAAUUCGGGAAAUGGAUCGAUGUUUCCUUGCGUUCGGGCAGGGUGCGAGGACAUGCACAGGCAGAAACAUUUCACUCCUGGAGAUAGGAAAAUUUUUACCUCAGAUCAUGCGUCAAUUUGAUCUGGAGUGGGCGUCGAAUGAGGCUGAGUGGAAAACCGAUGCCGCCUGGCUUUGGGUACAGUCGGGCUUGAUUGUACGAUUCAAGCAACGAGGACAGAAGACGCGAGAGACAGAAGAAAUUGUCCAACCAGCUGUGGAAUCCAUUAAACUUUAG